CUCUCUCUCUCUGCUUCACGACCGCGAGAUUCCUUCUUCUAUUUCCUUUCUUUUCGAUCUCGCGCUCUCGUCCCUCACCCCGCUCUACUCACCGACCCACUUCUUCCUCAACCGCCACCGCGGUUGCUGCUCAUUGUCGCCGGCGCGAGCUUCGCCGCGCUCCCUCCCCCGCCCGCCCGGCCCGAUUAUUUUAGACGAUGACGCGCCUACGUACUCGCUCCGCGAUGAUGGUGACUCUCGGAGCACCGCGGCACGACCUUAUCCUUGUAUAUUCCAGCGCGCCGCAUUCCAGCGUCGCGCUGGCAGCUCUCGCGCUCGCGCGCGCGCGCGCACGCGAAUGCAAAUCCACCGCUCCUCGCAUUGGAUGUUGUUUCCAGGUAGAGAGAACGACGCCGGUUUCACGCGGAUUCCUCCUACGAGAUCGCCUACGAAGUCGCCGGAUCGUUAAGAGACCGCGGAGGUUUCCGGUGGGAUCAGAAAGAUCCCGCGCCGGGUGGUCUCGCCCGAAAACGAUCUCGCGGACGAGGUAUUUUCCCCUGUGAUCUCCAGCAUACCUGGCUCCCCCUCCCCUGAGGGAAGGAGAGGGACUCGCUCUAAUCUAUGGCACCGGUGGUGGUCGAUGGGAGACGACGCUCGCUCACGAGUGUGUUUAUUCGGCGAGAGGAGAUAUAUACUUUUGCGUACGCUCCGAUAUACCAUAAUGCACCGGGAGGAAUGCAAGCGUGACCGAGCCUUUUUUCACGCGCGAGUGCGUAUCCAUCGGUAAAAUUCAUCUGUCCUUGAAAGACAGGCUGUGCGCGCGCUCGAAGAAAGGAUCUCUCUCUAUACGGAGGUAACGCGUCAAGUGAGUGACGACGUCACGAUGCGCAUGUCGCCGCUGCUAAGAUUAGUGCUCGUGGCAGCAGUCACGCUGCUAACAAGUGCGAAUGCUAACACAGAGGCGGGUCUACGCAUCGACACGAACACGGCUGUGUCGUCAUCGUCGUCGUCAUCACCAUCACCAUCAUCUUCAUCGUCAUCAUCAUCAUCUUCGUCGUCGUCGCAUCGCUUCAGUGCGGUGAAUCGCGGACAAGUGAUCGCCGGGAUGGAGGCUAGCCUGCUCUCCCUCCUGGGCUUCAAGAAGAGACCCAACCCGCAGGGCUCGUCGCACGUCCCGGACUCGCUGAAGAAGCUCCAAGCCCGUCAGAACAUGAUCGGCAUCGCGGACAUCGCGAAGCCGGGCAUUCACGCGCGAUCGGCCAACACCAUUCGCUCGUUUCCGCAUGUCGAGAGCGAGGUGGAUGACAAGUUCACAUCUCCGAAUCGUUUCCGGCUGUCCUUCAAUCUAAGCAGGAUACCUUCUGCCGAGACGUUACAGGCGGCACAAUUGAGCCUGUCGCGCGUCGCGGUGUCGGACAUCGAGGACGGAUCUGAUAAGCAUGGCCGGGUGUUGGUGUACGAUAUAGUACGGCCCGGUGUGAAGGGUCACAGCAAGCCGAUGUUACGGCUGAUCGACAGCAAGGUGAUCGACACGACGAAGAACGCGACGAUUAGCCUGGACGUACAUCCGGCUGUGGAGAGGUGGUUGCGGAACCACCGUGACAAUCACGGGUUGCUGGUCCACGUGACCGGCGUGCACGCGCGCACGCGUGAACACGUGCGGCUGAAACGGGGUGCCGACGAGCACAAGGACGCGUGGGUCGUGAAGCGACCGAUGCUCUUCACGUACAUGGACGACGGCCACUACGAGAUGGCGUCCGCGGAACGGAUAAUGGACCGGCGUGCCAGACGAGCGGCAUUGCGGAAGAAUCGGCGGAAGGACGGCCGGGAGAAUUGCCGGCGGCAUCCGCUCUACGUGGACUUCGCGGAUGUCGGGUGGAACGACUGGAUCGUCGCGCCGCCCGGAUACGACGCCUUCUACUGCCACGGUGAUUGCCCGUUUCCUCUGGCGGACCAUCUGAACUCGACGAAUCACGCGAUCGUGCAGACGCUCGUUUACUCGACCAAGCCGAGCAUGGUGCCGAAGGCGUGUUGCGUGCCGACCGCGCUCAGCUCGAUAUCGAUGCUCUAUCUUGACGAGGAGAAUAAAGUAGUGCUAAAGAAUUACCAGGACAUGGCGGUCCUCGGAUGCGGCUGCCGCUGAAGCUCCACGGUGGCAUUUACAGUCGGCGAGAUAGAUGGAGGGGUCAUAUUCGUUUCAAGAGGUUCGUAGAGCUCGAAAGAAAAAGAGAAAGAGCGAUCGCCGACGUGAGAUAUCGCGCGCGGAGGUGGAACGAAAAAGAACAAAGAUAUUUAUUCCGUGCGUUACUUAGGACUGAUAUUUCGUACGUAGCGCUCGCCGCAGCUGUUUGACGGACGCAUCAAAUAAGGAUGAUACAUGCGAGCAUAGAUGGUGUAAAUUGUUUAUACUAAAGAGAGAAAGAAUUAUAAACGAGAAUAGUGCAUGAUAAAUGUCGAAAUAAUUCAUUGAUAGACAUGACAAACGACAUGGUAAAAUAAAAUGUAAAUGAUACGUAUCGCUAUUCGAUGGCAGUGCUGACAAAACUUUUGCAGAAUUUAUAUCAUAUUGAAGAAACGGUUUUUUAAAAUUCAUGAUUUAUCCAUGUGAAGUUCGCGUGAAUCCUGAUGAGAGAUUUGGAGAUAAUCGGAUAUAAAAACUGACUUUUACUGCAUGAUUGAGAUAACUCAUUCAAUAUAGAUCGCGAUAGAGAUCUUAUAAUAUAAUUCUCGAAUUCAAUCAGCGUUUGAUUAAACUUUUAAUUAUUAGCAGAAUCAACUUGGAAUGAUUAGAGUAACUGCAAUCAAAGAAUGCGUGUUGAAUGGAAAAGGAAGCAAUUGGGAUAGCUUCUAAUCAUCGUUAUAUUCAGCUGCGAAUUGCGCAGAACCAAGCGACAAUUGCGAUGGAACGGUGGAGUUUCUUGAUAAUAGAGCGCAGUUUAUUGAGAACGCGAUAAUAAGAGCGGCUACCCGGUCAUAAGCCAGAUCCAAUUGAGAAAAUGAUGGACUGACUCUCCUAAAAGGCGAUGUGAUCGAGAGGUACAAUUUUGCAAAUUAACAUCCGCCCAAUCUCCGCCAAACGCAUCGUUCGAAUCUCUGUGACGCGAAAGACACGAGUAACAAUGAGUGUCUCUAGAGUGUCUGCAUGUGUAACUCUACUGCAUUCCUCGUUCUCGUAUAUUCCUUAUCAGCGGUUCUCAUACUUUCUCAAUUGUUCGCGAAAUUUUGCAAAGCUUUUCGGCGCAGUGGUUAUUCUCUAGCAAUUAAUAGUCAGGCUUUUCUAUUGCAUUCGAUUUUUUUUAUUCGAUUAUGUCAGCGAAUACAUAGUUUUAUAAAGAACAAUCAUAAAAGAAAUUGUGUUUGGUACACGGAUCACGCGAUUACAUUCGUAUGCGCGAGAGGCAAACCGAUGGAGCAUACUUAAUUCGCGAAUCAGAAAUAGAAUUCGCGGAAUGCGUUUCAUUGUAUGUCUCUUUAUUAUUAGGCGCGUUGCUGAUCAGAGGAAUCAUCGAGAAAAACACGGCGACGCAUCAUGGACUUUGAAUGGAAGCGUUUUAUCUUGGCGCGUUUGCUUCCUUCACAAGUAUUUGAAAUGAAUUUGAAUUUACUUUAAACACGAGAAUCUAUUUCGCGAAGAACUCAAUAUUCCAUACAUCUAUGAUUUUAAUUAUACGAACUCUCAAAGUGUUGUGGCGACAAAGCGAUCGCUUAAUUCUAAUGUAUUAUUAAUAAGACGAAAACUGUGCAUCGUGUGACGAAAGACAUGUACGAGCGUUGGUAUUUUAAUUUUUUUAUACGUACUUGCGUAUCGCAAAUUGACCAUUUAACCAUUUUUUUUUAGAGAUUUCGAUUAAACUUCCCGAAAAUGGAAUAAACGAUAGUGUGCAUGAUAGCAUGAUAGAAACACACGAAGUGAUUUCACGAUUUGUCGGUGAAGAUCGUGUAUCGCUACGUAAUUACGGUCACUGCGAAAGACAAUGUAACACUUCAGUAAGUAAGCAACGAAAAAUUUCACGUGUCAGAAAUAUAUGAUUGACUGAUAUCGAUUUAACUUUUCAUAGCGAUGUAGAAACUUCUCCAUACGCGCGGUAAGAUAUCAUCAAUGUUAAUGCUACGUUUUGUACCGGAAAUGGCGUUCGUCGCGUGUAAAUGUACAUACGUGCAUGCACGAAUACGCGAAUCUUCCCCGCAAUCGUUGAAUUAAUUAACGUCUGUAACAAUUGCCUUAAAAAUUUAAAUUUUGAAGGAUUAAGGGCAGUAAAUUGGGCAUGUAAAUCGACGUGUCCGAUUUUUCACGCACUAACACGGAGACUAACACGAAGUGUGUGCAUUCUCUUUCUUCAAUAUAACACAAAGACGCGCGAGCGAAUGUACAUCUACAUACGGUAAAAUCCUGCCGCCACGAAUAUAAAUUGUACCUGCUUAAGGAUUACUAUUUAUUUUGCUUCUUUCUCUUUUACCAAAAGAUAUUUUUGAACACACGUGUAUAUUUGUACAGAAGUGUUAUCGAUAAGGCGAGCGCCGUUAUGUAAAAUGUGUAAGAUAGGUAUAAAAUAAACGAGAGUCUGUAAACAUUGUGUAAAUAAUAUGCUGUAAAGAGUAUUUUGUGCGUAUGUAUAUUCUUAUAUAUUUUACCAUUAUUUUCCUAGUGUUCCACAGUUGUAUACAGAGAAUGCGUGUGUAAAUAUUAAAUAAAUUUAUAAUACGGCAACCAC